CAGGUGGGUCCUUCUACCUCAGUAGGACAUCAACGUGUCAAGCUGCAGGCGCGAACAUCGUUGCGAAUUGGGGCGGAUAUUCAAACAGCUUCAAUUUGUUAGUUCAAAAUAUCUCACUAUUUGCCUGGCGUAGUUACCCAUAACCAAGUCUCCACCAGGUGCAUUGCUCGCCAAAAUCCCCUAGGGAACCUACGUGAGCUGAAGUCUGGGAAUUGUAUCCCGGCCCCCAGUCUGCCACGCUGUCACUUGCUACGUUGUUGCGUUCAAGACAGCGAGCCUCAGUGCCACCAACACAGCCAAGGGACCAACCAGCCGAAGCCAGAAGCCACCCAUCCGCUUUCCCCGAGCAACGCGCGCGCAUAAUUAUUCCAGUCUAGGAUCACCACCCCAGCGUGCAUUCCGGCCCCGAAAGUGAUCUUGAGUUGCAGGCCACUCUUUAGCAUCUGCCUUACACGCUUUCAUCGGUAGUGCUUCAGCCACAUUUAGACAGCCAUGGCGGCCCGCGGCAACUCCUUACGGGACCGCCAGAUAGCCUCACUACGCAAGAUAUUCAACCUUAACAAUGAAGUCGAAGCGAGCGAUAACGAGGAGUCUCUGGCCAGCGGCGCGCUAAACCCCUCGUCCCCCAUUCUCAACGCCGAUGGCGAGCCGAUUUGGAAGGUGCUGGUCUUUGAUGACCUGGGCCGUGAUGUUAUCAGCAGUGUCCUGAGAGUCAGUGACCUGCGGUCCAUGGGAGUUACCAUGCACAUGCAUAUUUCAGCAUCAAGACACCCCAUACCGGACGUUCCAGUGAUGUAUCUUCUUGAGCCGCACCAGAAGAACCUCGAGGCCAUAACCAACGACCUCCAAAAGGGUCUCUACUCACCGGCCUACAUCAACUUCCUGUCGUCGAUACCGCGACCUCUCCUGGAAGACUUUGCGACACAAACAGCCGCUGCGGGGACCUCGGACCACAUCGCGCAACUCUUUGACCAAUAUCUGAACUUUGUAGUUGCGGAGCCAGACCUGUUCAGCUUAGGGAUGCAAAAAGAGCACACGUACUGGGCUUUGAAUAGCGCCAAGACGAACGACGAAGAACUGGAUAAUGUGGUCGACCGAAUUGUCAGUGGUCUAUUCAGCGUUAUAGUAACCAUGGGUUCCAUUCCCAUCAUCAGAUGUCCUAAAUCGGCAGCCGCCGAGAUGAUAUCCGCCAAGCUAGAUCGCAAGCUCCGUGAUCACAUUCUCAACUCCAAGGACAACCUAUUUUCCGCCUCAAAUCGCUCAGGAUCAUCAUCAGCCACGCCUGGUCCAAGACCAGUUCUGAUCAUCCUGGAUCGUAACGUGGAUCUUACCCCCAUGCUCUCCCACUCCUGGACCUACCAAUCUUUAGUACACGACGUGCUCAACAUGAAGUUGAACCGUAUCACAAUCGAGACGCCUGUGGAUGAGAGCAAUCCUGCCAAGGGCGUGACGCGCAAGGCAUACGACCUCAAUGCCAACGACUUUUUCUGGGAGAGGAACGCGGGCGCGCCCUUUCCCCAGGUUGCCGAGGAUAUUGAUGCUGAAUUGACGAAGUAUAAGGAGGAAGCUGCUGCUAUAACCAAGAAGACGGGCGUGACAGAUCUUGAGGAUCUUCAGAACGAUACCAGUGCAAGCGCACAGCAUCUCAAGGCUGCGAUUACACUUCUACCUGAGCUUCGAGAGCGCAAGGCUACUUUGGAUAUGCACAUGAACAUCCUCGCCGCGCUGUUGACUGGAAUCAAGAACAGGCAACUGGAUAACUACUUCCAAAUUGAGGAGACUGUGACAAAGCAGACUAAAGUCCAGAUUCUGGAAACAAUCAAGGACGAUAACAAGGGUAACAACCCGGUGGAUAAGCUGCGGCUGUUCAUCAUAUGGUUUCUGAGUGCGGAACAGGACCUGAGCAGACAGGAAUGGCAGCAAUUUGAGGAAGCGCUGGUGGCUACUGGUGUGGAUGUUACCUGCCUGCCAUAUAUACGACAGGUCCGGGCAACAACCAAAAUGACACAAUUAACAACGAUCAACUCCUCGAGCUCCCAACCUCAACAAUCCUCGGACCUGUUCGGACGUUUUUCCAACAUUGGAUCCAACAUUGGCUCUCGCCUUCGUGACCAGCUCAAAGAGUCGGGCGUACCCACCAAUGCUAUCAGCGCAAACUUCGACUCCAUCAUUGGUGGUAUAAAGACAUUCCUCCCAGUGAACCGUGAUCUCACGGUUACCAAGAUUGUCGAGUCAAUCAUGGAUCCUUCGGCCGCAUCGUCCUCAGCUAUCGCAAAGACAGAGCAUUAUCUCUACUUUGAUCCGCGCUCCGCCAAUGCUCGCGGAACGGUACCACCACCAUCGGCCGUGCGAUCCGGGACCGUGCCCACUUCCACCCCUGGCGGACUUCCGGGGGCUGGUGGUCCCGGGGCCGCGGCGAGCUUCGGCCAGAGGCGACAGGGCUUCACCGAAGCAGUAGUGUUUACUGUCGGUGGCGGGAGUAUGGAUGAGUACGGAAACUUGCAGGAGUGGGUUGCUCGGACUAGUGGAAGCGGAGAUCGGGUGCGGAGAAGAGUGGUCUACGGAAGCACAGAAAUGGUCAAUGCUACCGAAUUUAUUUCGCAGGAGCUCGACAGACUGGGCAAGGAGGUUGCCUCUUAGAAUAAAAUUGCAGACUCGCGCAGGUCCAAUUUGAAAUCCAAAAGCUGGCCCAUCGAAAUGGGCCAGACUAAGCUUGUGUUCAAUCCGACACGGGAAGUACGAAUGAAUAAUUUACGAAGCUGUUUCGAACCCUCCAUAAAUACAACCUGCUCAACGGCGGAAUUGCAAUAUGAGCCAUGUCCCAAAACAGAUAAAAUGAUUGGAUUGUCUUAUAUACAUGUCACUUAUGUGGAGUUGAAAAAUGAGGUUUGUUCAUAGUGAAAAUCGCUUUGUAUCUAGCUACUUGACCCAUGGUCUUGACAGGGUAUUAUUCCAAACACGCUGGUAAAAAAAAAGUCUUGAUACAAAACCAA